CGCACGGCCGCCACAGAGUGAGGACGUGUGACGCUUCUCGGCGUGUGUACUCGUAAAAAUCGGAGGGGGAGAGAAAGAGAGAGGGAUACGUGGCCCGUGUAGUUCUCGCUCGUGCUCCUCAUCUCGCCUCGAUCUGUCCACGCGAAUGCCGAACGACUGCCAGUCAUGAUCACCGCCGAGACGCGAUACCUUUUGCCGACGCUCGUCCUGCUGUGCAACCUCGUGGUCGCGUACGCCCGUUCCUGGGAUUUAGCCGUCGUAAUCGGCAACGAAAUCGACUUUUUCGCUCGUAACAGUACGCUCAUGGGCCAUGCUAACAUUGGAGAAGCCGUUUCUUUGACCGGAGUAGCAUAUGACGAUACUACUCGAAUGAUGUAUUUGUCCGACGUAAGGAACAAUGUGUCUAUAUUCAGUAACAAUCUCACGGAGAAGAAUUUCACGUCAACUCCCCUACUGAAGAAGGAGAAUGGAAUGCACGUCAUCGGAAUUGUUUUCGACACGUCGUUACACACUUUAUUCUGGGUCGAUGCCUUGAAGGAAACCAUUGCGAAGAUGCACGUAUCACAGCACGGUGAACCGGGUGAUCCUGUCAUUUUGCACAAUCUCACUGGGAACAACCCACGUGGUGUCGCCCUCGACGUGUGUAACAGCCGCAUAUACUGGACGAACAGCAACACUACGAACCCUAGUAUCGAGUGUUCCAAUCUUGAUGGGAGCGAUCGGAGAAUCGUUAUUCAGGAGAAUUUAUAUGAACCCCUGGCAGUGGCGAUCGAUCAUGCAGAGCAGAAACUAUACUGGAUCGACGAUGUCGAGGGAAUCCACUUCAAGAUCGAACGCAGCAACUUGGAUGGCAGCGAGCGAGAACUGCUGGUUCAUAAUAAGCACCAGCAACCGGUUUAUCUGGCAGUGGAUAAGGAAUCGAUGUAUUGGUCCGAUUGGGUGCACAGCGCGAUAUGGACCAUGCCAAAGAAAGCCAAGGUUGGGGAUUAUCCGAUACAGUUCAAAUCAUACUAUAACUCUAAAAGGGACGCCGAUCCGGCGGGCAUUGUAACGCGUGACAACGUCGGUCAAAUCGAUUGCGCGACGAUCCUAUCGACAAUAGAGAAGAGAACGAAUCUAUCCGCGGCUGUUCUACGAUCAGCCGUUGAGACGUUCAACAAUCUAACUACCAGCACGGAGGAAUCGGAUUUGACCACCGAGAGCUCCAAAUACUGCCUAAAUAACGGCCACCUGAACAAAACGGACAACACGUGCCGAUGCAAAGAAGGGUUCGUCGGACCCUUUUGCGAAAUUUCCCUCUGUCACAAUUACUGCCUCCGUGGUAAAUGCAUUAUAAAUCAUCACGGAUUUCCCGAAUGCGAAUGCGCGGACACAUUUAGCGGCGUUCGCUGCGAAAGAGACAUUUGCAACGGUUACUGCCUUUUCGAUGGUGAAUGUUCCGUCCAAAAUGGAAGGCCAGUCUGUAGCUGUAAAUAUUCCAAAGGGACCCGAUGCGAGGAACCGAACGACAUCGUGGAGAUCUGCGCAUUUUAUUGUGCGAGCGCCCGCACUGAAUUACCUAACGUGACGUCGUGCAGGUGUACGGAUUCUAAUCAAACGGCCGAAAGAAUUACGCUUACUAAAAGUUUUCAAGAUGGUACGCUAUUAUCGAUAUUCGUAGGCCUCACUAUUCUGUUUCUUAUAAUGGUCGGCGUACUCAGUUACUAUGUCAACAAAUUACGAAGGCGACCGCGAAUCAAGAGGCAUUACGUGGUUAGUAAGGGCAUUACGCCGCUCACAUCCCGACCGCAGAUACCGGACAAUCAGUGCGAAAUUACCAUAGAGAAUUGCUGCAACAUGAAUAUCUGCGAAACUCCAUGUUUCGAACCAAAAUUACGAAGUGGCGUGCCAAGGAGCAAUAGUAUGAAAAAAGAAGAGAAGAACUCCUUGUUGGAUAAUAUGGAGGGUAAUUCGUGCUAGCACAUGCUACUUUCAUCUCGUCCUAUGAAAUGGCGAAAAUUCUGCACGAGCUCUGCAUCGCGUCGGAGAUCGUAUACGCUAAAUCUUUCCACGUUUGUAUAUAAUAUGACGGUGAAUUCUAGUAUUGUUGUUAAGUUUGAAAACAUCCGCGUUGAUGGGAUACUGUAUCGGCAACGAUUUCCCUCCAUCUUGAAAAAGAAAGCCAAAGGUCUUUUUAGAAAGUCCUAUUUCUUAGUACGUCAUACACGUUAGGGCUGUGUUUUAGAACCAUUCUUCACUUAGUAGUCAUUAAAUUUAUCAUUUUAUAAAGGAUUGGACGUUGGAUCAAACAGAAAAAAGUUAUAAUAGCAUCUAAUUCUUGAGGCUCAUUUUAGAUUUUGAUGUCAUUAUAACUUUUUGUUCUGCUUGGAUCGAUUUAAUUAUAGAAUACACGCUGAUUUAAAAUUUUUUUUUUAAAUCUAUUAGACGCGCAAUUUCUUCCGCUCGCAGUUGUAAGCAACAUUAAAAUUUUAAAUAAUGACGCAAGAUAUUAUUAUCUAUUAUGAAAAUGUAAAUAAUACUUUUCAUUGUUUUCUUAUAUUAUUAAUACAUCUUCAUAAAUAGAUGACGAUAACUCAAUUAGAUAAAUCAGUUUUUAAAGCAGUAUGUAAAAUAAUAAUAACUUCUAAUAAAAAUUCAUAGAAUUUUCAUCUCACAAAAUUAAACAGGAGAUAAAAUGAUAUUGAUCAUCCAUGAUUGAGAUAAGCAAGCGAAGGGAAUUGCGUAUAGGCAGCUUAAUAAGAACUUUUCUAUAAUCUAUCUGCUGAACAACAUAAUCUUGUUAUGAAAAGUGCUAAUAUUUCUUUAUCUUUUAUCACGUUUUAUUUUUGUUUAUUUCUCUUUACCAUUUAAAAAAGAAUUUGUGAGCAAAUUGAAGAGAGGAGAGAGAAAGUGAAAGAUAAGGAAAAUGUAGCUAUCGCAAUUAUAAGGGAUGUGCAAAAGUUGCCUUAAGCGAUAAUUCUAAUCGUUGCUCAAAUCACUGACAAAGUACUACAUUCCUGAAAGAAAUUUAGAUCGCGAUAUGGCAUCGCAGAGAUAAAUAAUUCUCUUAUAACAUUUUUUGACUGAACCACCUGUCAACGAAGUUUACAGUACGUAAAUUUUGUCAGUAAUUUUAUCAUGCCAGUUCAUAAUUCGACAUUUGUCAUUUUUUUGUCGAUUUUACAUCUCAUUCACGCGGAUUAUCGUCGUGCAAAAGUUUAUAUUUCGGUACAAACGCUUCUCUCUAACUCCAUUCUCAAUUAAUCUAUUUCGUAUAGAUUUCCAUAACUGUUCAAUCGCUGACCAUUCUUUAUCAUACUGUGAGUACAACAUACGCGUGUAUAUACAUGUACAUCUAACAUUUGUGAAUACGCAGAACGAAGAAUUCGGAUUGGGUCGUGCUUUUAUGCACUUAAAGAUCCUAUAACACGAAUUCACCGCUGUUGGAUGUUAAUUCAAUUCGGGAAUCGUUAUCACUGAUGUAAAUUCAGAGUAGUAAUAUGAAAAUUUUAUGUGGCAUUGUCUAAGCAACUAAAUAUGUAACACGCAUACAUAUAUUAUAUUACGAGGUGUAUACUAGAUAAAAAAUAGGAAAAUGUUCAAAGAGUCACAAUAUAUGCAAACGAUCCUCAUUCGAAUAUUGGAUACCCAGUGAUAAAUUACACUGUAGAUCUGUGAAACUUUGCCAGAAGUUUCCAAUGUGCUUAUACACCGAUAAUAUCUGUAAAUCUUAAUUUAUCUGAUUUCGAAGGUCAUCAGGAUCGUUUUUUGUAUGGUAUCGUUUGAAGAUACCCAUAGCGUUUAUUGCAGAACAAAAUCCGUUUACUUAAUUCUGAAAGCUUUUGUUCUGUAUCGAUAUAUGUAACGCGAAGCCAACUUUUAAAUCUACUUCUUUUCUUCCAAUUUUAUUCCGUCGCGGGAGCGAAAUAUUAUCCAUGAAUUUUAUUCUAUAUCGCGUGUAAUUAUGAUUUAUAUGAUGUACAUGCGAAGUCACAUACGAGAUAUAUAGCGCACUUGUACAUUACAAUUGAUUUUAUUUCGGUUCUUCCAUUUAUAAGGAGGAUGAUCGCAAAUUUUAUUUUUUUGUAAUAUCUAUAUUUUUGCGCAAAUCGAUUAUAGUGCAUAGCAAUUACUUAAAGCAUAUAAUCUGUUACAUACACCAAAGUUAUUUUUGCUAGUAAUAAUAAUAAAGUGAAACAGUACAAUAUUAUUGGUUUGCGGAAUAAUAUUGCAAUAAUAUUGAAUUAAAAUAUUAGACCUUGUUUUACGAUGUUACAUGAAAGUUUCGUAUUAUCAAAAGUUUUUAUUUUUAACUGUCUAACUUAACUCAUGUUAUAAGAGUGGCAAACCAAUGAUUACCAUGUUGUUCAUUUAAUUUAUAGGGUUUAUAUUAUUCUUUAUGAUACGGAAUAAUGUUCCUGUCGUUGUGGCAACAAAUUAUUCACAGUACAUGACGAUGCUUUUUGUUCCUGUAUACGAUAGAUGCUACUUGAAGAAAA